AUGCCAAAGGUUUCAAAGUAUCUCAACAUCAAAUGGGAGCUUCCUAAUCUAAAUCAAGUUAAGUUAAACUUUGAUGGGUCAGUCCAAAAUGAUGAAGCUUCAAUAGGGUUUAUUGUUAGAAACUCAGAUGGUAUUCCUUUGGUAGCUGCAAAUAAAAGAAUUGGUCAGUCAGGUGUGCUUGUAGCUGAAGCAAUAGCUUUAAGAGAGGGUUUGCACAUGGCGCUUCUACAUCAACAUCAGAAUCUUUUGGUGGAAGGUGAUUUCAAGCUGUUAAUUGACUACAUUCAAGGUAAAUCUGAGGUGCCAUGGUGUAUCAAAGCCCUUGUGCAAGAUAUCAAGCAGUUGGCUCAACAGAGUGUCACCGGACGGGUGCCUGCUCGGGUCUGUAUGUUAGAGGGGAAGGGAACCAGUCAGAUCUCCUUCUCGUCGAUGAUUGUGGUGGUGCGACACGUUGUAGAGAAACCCGAUCAAUGGUGGUGCGGAUUCUUCCACUGGAGAUGGCAAGACAUCGUGGCUCUGAUGCUGCUUCAUCUUAGUGGUGUUCGUCCGGUCGUUAAUGAUGGCGGGCGGGUUGGUGGCUGGCAGAUCGGGAAUUAUGCAGUUUUUGUGUUUUAG